AAACAAAAAACAAAUAAAGAACUCGCUAUAUUCCAACCAUGGGCUGGAAACUAUUGACUGUUGUCUUUGCUAACAUUCUAGGUUUGUCCACUGUGUCUUGUUCCUGCUACUAUAACUCGUAUACUUCCUACUACAACUGUUACGAUGACUACAGUAACUACGAUUAUUACUACAGCUACUAUCGUAACUACUCCUAUACACUGGGUGUUGGUGCCAUCCUUGGUAUCAUAUUUGGCUCCCUCGCUGGAUUGGCCACGUUAAUUGGACUUGUCGUCUGUUUGUGUGUAUGCGUAUGCAGAAAAACCACACCAAGUCAAGGCACAGUUCUUUAUUACAAUCCCAACACAAAUGCAGGAGCAAAUAUGUUGCAAACUUCUCAAACAUCGAUACCGUCUUACAAUCAGCAAGGAUUUUACUCAUCUUAUCCUGUACAGAUGCAGCCACCUGGGCAGGCAACUGGGCAAAGUGGAGCAUUUUCUGGUGCUUCACCUCCCCAGUACAGUCCACCUCAACAGUCUACUGAAAAUGAGAAUUUGACACAGAAAUACUAGAGAUAUGUCGCUUAAUGGGCUGUUACAGCAUCGACAUUCUACAAUAUAAUUGAAAUCUGGUUAAGACCAGCUUUCACUUAUCUUUACUCUGUUCUUUUCUCUGUUUGUUAGUAGAUUAUUUUUAUUAACGUUUUCCACUUAUUGUUAAAUUAUUUGUAAAUGCUGUUUUUGAAACACUUCUCAAAGAGGAAUACUUUUUUUUAGGUAUAUGCAAUCUAUAAAAUUAAUACUUUGAUGACUGACAAUAUGUUUAUCAUUAAAUUUGUAAUUUUGAUAUUUCUAAUAAAAGUAUGAAUGUUUUUGAAAAGACUGAACGUAAAGAAUUUAAUUAUAAUUAAAAAAAAAAUCAAGAGAUACAGAAGUCAUGUUUGAAAAUGGCAAUCAGUUCUUCAUUUACUAUUUAAAGGUAACUUGUUUUCCCCAGAUACAUUGAGUUACGACGAGAUGUUCGACAGUAACGUACCCUACGAAAUAUAUAUGAGGGUUGUUCGAAAAGUUCGUGUACGAUGUCAAUCUUCGUUAUAUUUCCAGCUAAAAAUUUUAAAUAAGCACAUAAUGAUAUUUAAAAAAAAUAUUUCUUUUGUUGAUGUUUGAAGUUUCCUUUAAAUUGAUUUAACAGAAAUCGAUUUACUUAAUUUUGAAAUCAACAUGUUUUGUACCCGUGGAGCACAUUUAACUACAAGAUAACGUCAAGUAUUUCUAAAAAGUACUGUCUAUACAUUUCAUACAGUAUUAUCCAAUGCCCACACAUUAAAUCCUUUUUCUAAUACUUACAUUCAUUCGUUCUCGUUAUAUAAUUUCCUUUGUUAAGAUUCUAAUUUCUUUGAUUACUUAACUCUGCAUUCACAGGAUAAGCAACUCUGAAGCGUUUUAACUUUUUCAAGUUUUUGUUUAGGUUUUUACAGAUAAACCGUUUCUUCACAGAAUAUCCUCAUCCGAUACAGAGUCCCUGUCACUCAAAUAUUGCAUGUAAUAUUUGUACGCACUUGCACAAGUCGCUCUAAAUAUUUUUUUUUUAACUCCACUAAAAUUUUUUUAGAGUUUAUUCAGGAUUUAUCCUGAGUAAAACACAAAAAUACAUCGUUAUCUGCCGCUCUGUGACGUUCUAAAAUGUCAUCGUUUUUGUCGUUUUCAAUGAGGACUACAUUGUAACUAUCUUCUCAUGUUGAUUACUUUUCAACAAAGCAAAAUAUUAAGCCAUAAUUUGGAAUACGAGUUGAUGUAACAAUUCUUUAUUUGAAUUUUUAGGAUGCUUUCCGUUUUUGCUCCAUUUUACAGAGAAUAUGACUGCAGACAUUAUUUUAGGGUAUUGUUUGUAACUUACUAAAUUUUUACCUGCUCCGCGAGCCGAUUUUUGCAUGUUUAAAAUCUGGAUAAGUUUCAAACAAAUCAUGAUAUCCAAAAAAAAAAAUUAAUACAAAUCAUUUGGAUUUAUUGUUUAAAUAUUUCUACGAAAUUUGGAUAACAUAAAAGAAAUACAAAAAAGAUAUAACAGAAGUCCACGAAUGUUUUCAACAACCCUCGUAAUUACAUAAAAGGAUAUCCCUCCCUCUGGUUCAAUACAAAUUAAAUAGAAUACUUAGUAUAUUUUCUUCUCGUGUAUUUUUUCUGUUCGAUUUAUGUCAAUGUUGCUAAUUUAUGAACUUAAAAAUAUAUCAUUCGACGGUAUAUUCAA